AUGGCUGAAAAUGAGUACAGGUUACCUGAUGAAAAAUGUUUUGCGAGUCAGUGCGAUAUGGAGAAGGGCAUUAUUCUAGACGAGGGACAUAUGGGACUAAGCUCAGACUUCAGCUGGCUCGGAUUAUUCAUAGUCUACUUGAAUGACAUCGAUGAGGUGCAAGAAGCGAUAACUGGAAUCGUACUCGUUAAACCCAAGUAUGCGCUCGCCAAUGCAGAUGAUAUUGCUAAGAUACCAAUGCAGAUUUUUUUAGAGGAUAGUAAGGCGAUGUUCAUAGCUGAUGGCGGCGUGGCAGUGUACUACCAGCCUCUCUCUUACGUCACUCACCCGGAGUACGCAACUGCUGUGUACAGUAGUAUUGCUAUCAUCAAACUCGCUAUUCCGGAUGAUAGUAUUAAUGGUAUGGAGAAGGUAAUUUACAAAAUCCAAUCGGUGGAGACGCGUGUUUGUAAACACUUCUAUGAAAAAGAAGGACUGGCAGAUCGGAAGCACAAGCCCCAGUCGUAUGUGUGUGGGCAACAUCAGUACAGCAACGCAUCUUGCAUCUGGGACAACGGCAUGGUACUGGCUUCCAACACUACUGGCUGGUUCACGUUCAUUGGGUUCAGCGUGCAUGGGCCAGGAUGCAAUGUGCCUGCUCGAUUUAUCUUCAUGCUGCACUACUUUUCCUGGAUCCGCUCGGUAACACGAGACGACGAGAAUGCCAGGCGAAGCGGAGACAGUAUCAUAGAAAUGCCUUUGCACAAUCACAAAACAGUAUUUAUUCCUCCUAGCGAACAAACAACGCCAGGCUUUUUCAUUCGGCACGAUUACAUCAGGUGGCCAAACUAUAAAGAUGCGGUACAGAUGAAGUAUUUCAACCUAGAACCGUCAUACGAGGACCCACACGCAAUCGCAAUAUACCCUUUCGAUACGACGCAAGAAAUGUAUUGGAAGGCAUGCCAGUCGAGGCGAGCACUAAUGUAUCGCGAGCAUUUCGAGCUCAAUGCGCCCACUAGCAUAGGUUCCGUUAUAUACAAGUUGUCAAUGUACGACCUGGACAUACCAGCAUGCUCCUGCGUCAAACUUACGGUUGAAUGCACGGAGCGAUCUGAGGCUUUUUUAACACUAAAGGAUGAAAUCAAUUUCACACCUGAAGACGGAACUGGUGGCGGCGGCUCUGGACUCAAGUCACCUAAUGAUAUAUUUUCAGUAAUUGCCAUUAAAGACAUAACGUCAACCAAAAAUAAAAGCAGUAAUAUUAGUGAAGUGGACCCGAUGAAUAAUCCAAAUAGGCAGAUCACGUAUUUGCAAGACGAAGUGUCUACUGGCAAAAUUCAGAUGUGGACCGUGGACCCGGUGGACCUGGUGGUCCUGGUGGACACGGCGGACACGGUGGACCCGGUGGACCCGGCGGGCCCGGUGGUCCCGGUGGACCCGGUGGACCCGGCGGACCCGGUGGUCCCGGUGGACCCGGUGGACCCGGUGGACCCGGUGGACCCGGUGGACCCGGCGGACCCGGUGGACCCGGUGGACCAGCUGGCCCUGGUGGACCUGGAGGACCUGGAGGACCUGAAAAUUAUGGACCUGGUGGGCCAAGUGGUCCUGGAGGACCUGGUAAUUAUGGACCUGGUGGUCCUGGUGGGCCAAGUGGGCCUGGAGGACCUGGAAAUUAUGGACCUGGUGGUCCUGGUGGUCCAGGAGGACCUGGUAAUUAUGGACCUGGUGGUCCUGGUGGGCCAAGUGGGCCUGGAGGACCUGGAAAUUAUGGACCUGGUGGUCCUGGUGGUCCAAGUGGGCCUGGAGGACCUGGAAAUUAUGGACCUGGUGGGUCAGGCGGGCCUGGAGGGCCUGGUAAUUAUGGACCUGGUGGGCCUGGAGGACCUGGAAAUUAUGGACCUGGUGGGCCUGGAGGACCUGGAAAUUAUGGACCUGGUGGUCCUGGUGGGCCAGGCGGGCCUGGAGGACCUGGUAAUUAUGGACCUGGUGGUCCUGGUAGGCCAAGUGGGCCUGGAGGACCUGGAAAUUAUGGACCUGGUGGUCCUGGUGGGUCAGGCGGGCCUGGAGGACCUGGUAAUUAUGGACCUGGUGGUCCUGGUAGGCCAAGUGGGCCUGGAGGACCUGGUAAUUAUGGACCUGGUGGUCCUGGUAGGCCAAGUGGGCCUGGAGGACCUGGAAAUUAUGGACCUGGUGGUCCUGGUGGGUCAGGCGGGCCUGGAGGACCUGGUAAUUAUGGACCUGGUGGUCCUGGUAGGCCAAGUGGGCCUGGAGGACCUGGAAAUUAUGGACCUGGUGGUCCUGGUGGGUCAGGCGGGCCUGGAGGACCUGGUAAUUAUGGACCUGGUGGGCCUGGAGGACCUGGUAAUUAUGGACCUGGUGGGCCUGGAGGACCUGGAAAUUAUGGACCUGGUGGUCCUGGUGGGUCAGGCGGGCCUGGAGGACCUGGUAAUUAUGGACCUGGUGGUCCUGGUAGGCCAAGUGGGCCUGGAGGACCUGGAAAUUAUGGACCUGGUGGUCCUGGUGGGUCAGGCGGGCCUGGAGGACCUGGUUAUUAUGGUCCUGGUGGUCCUGGUAGGCCAAGUGGGCCUGGAGGACCUGGAAAUUAUGGACCUGGUGGGCCUCGUAGCUCUAGUGGGCCACGUGGACCUGUUUAAUGGCUUCAAGAUCCUCUGCACUGACGGAGACGUGGGCCAGCGGGCGACAGUUUACUGUGUACUCUACUGGGCACGUGGGCACCUCUUCAGUCCCGGCAAGAAAUGCUCAAGUGUCGUCAUUGUGAGGCCCACCCAGAGGUCAGGCGGAGCAUAA